CUGGAAAUCACUGAAGCCUUGUAGAGAAUUCAUGGUGCAUUUUUCUAUGUCGGAGCAGAGAGAAAGAGCUCUGAAAUCUCUCCUUCUGGUGUGCAAUCAAAACUGUGGAUCAAGGAAAGGUCUGUUGUCUGUCCCAAUUUUUCUCUUGAGCUUUAAGGAACUGGAGGAAUGUCUCUUCCUAGGCAGCUGAGAAAUGAGAGUGACUAUGACCAGCUACCAGACGAUGUUGCUGUUUCUGCUACUAUUGCAGACAUUGAGGAGAAGAGAGGCUUUUCCAGUUACUAUGUAUUUGUGAUUGAGGUGAAGACAAAAGGUGGAGGAAGGUAUAUGAUUUUUCGCCGUUACAGUCAGUUCUAUAACCUGCAUGGCAAACUAGAGGAAAGAUACGGUGUGGGGAGCAAAAACAGCCUUUUCACAUGUACACUUCCCAUCCUGCCAGGGAAAGUUUAUGUUGGUGCAAAGAGAGAGAUUGCAGAAAACCGGAUCACAAUACUCAACACAUACAUGAAGAAACUACUUAGCCUGCCUGCCUGGUUUCUGAUGGAUGAAGAUGUCCGGCUGUUUUUCUAUCAGUCACCCUUUGACAAUGAGCAGACACCUUCAGGGCUGAGAAGGCUUCGACCACGCACUCGACGAGUAAAGAGCAUUUCUCCUCAGGAGCCUGGCUUUGACAGGAUGGCAGCUCCACGGGCUGAGGCGCUCUUUGAUUUUACUGGGUCCAGCAAGCUGGAGCUAAGCUUCAAGAAGGGAGACUUGAUCUAUUUACUAAGCAAGGUUAACAAAAACUGGUUUGAGGGAACUAUCGGAGAUACCACUGGCAUUUUCCCAUGUGCUUUUGUGGACAUCAUUAAAGACCUCCCACAAGAAGAUGACACUAUCAAUUGGCUACGCUGCUAUUACCAUGGUGACAAUUUCAGUUCCAUCAGGGAUAUUUCUGUGGAAGAGGACCUAAGCAGCACCCCAUUGUUCCAAGACCUCAUGGAAUUGAUGAGGCGAGAGUUCGGGCGCGAUGAUAUUGCCCUGAAUUAUCGUGAUGCAGAGGGUGAUCUGAUCCGUUUACUCUCUGAUGAGGACGUUUUGCUGAUGGUGCUGCAGUGCAAGGACAGGCCGGUCUUCCCAAAACACAUCUUCCCAUGGAAACUGCAUGUAACCCAGCAAGAUGACUACACUGUCUACAACACCAACCCACCAACACAAACAGAGAAAGGACUGUGAUCUUCAUGACUCAUUCUCCUUCAGAGGGAAAGGAUCACAAUUCAUCCAUCAGCAACAACAAUGGAUUUCUAAUGCCUUCUCCAUAUUUUCCUGUAGCAUUUCUCUGAUUAAAAGCAAAAAGGAUGAACAGCA